CACCGCAUGGAAAUGAAUCUUUCCAUAAAAAUAAACAAUUCACUUGCAACAAAUUUGAUACCUUGUAAUGAUCAGAACUACUACAUCAGCUCUUGUGUUUUCUUUCGUACAGCUUAGCAUUGGAAUUACCAAUCUACAACUUCCUUAUACCAGCAAUCUAUUUUCCUUUUCCUUUAUGGCUGACUAUUUAACUAGUUGGUCUCACAUUUAGACAACAAGUUUAUACCGUUAAGCUCACGAGCAGAAUUUUACCUUAGAUCGUAUUUUUUUUUUGGAGAUAUCAGCCCCGAAUAAACCAUCCACAUUGCAACCAUUCGCCUUAUAAUUUCCGUGAAAAUAUUUUUGAAAGAAAAGGAAUUUUUUUCAUGGGAAGCAAGAGAGUGGUGGUGGUCCAUGAUACAUCAAAAGAGGUAAACUGGGCUGCCAUUAGAGGGGUACUUCAUAAUUUAUGUCUGAAGGCUGGAGAUGAGCUCAUAUUACUUGGAGUUGUUCACCAAUUUAACAACUCAACUACUUCGUCAGCUUUCUUGGUCACUGUAAAACUUCUGGGUCAACGGAAUAGAGUAGACCAUAAACUGGUGGAAGAAGAACUAGUUAAAAGGAUGGAGGAGUAUAAUAAGAGCUUGGAGAUGCUAAUGCUGUUGAAACAAUGUGAAGUUCAAAAGGUGAAGUUUCACAUAGAAGUUCAAGCUGGAAAUUCACGAAAGGUGGUAGCUGUGAUUGCAAUCAAGAGGUUGGACGCAACUUGGAUCAUUCUAGAUAGGGAAAUGAAAAAGGAGAAGAGGUACUUUAUGGAGAAGCUAUCAUGUGGAAUAUCAAAAUUGAAAAGUGACAACUCCAUAGAAGAUGUAAGAGGGUCACUAAUAUUAAUGGAGAACACUGAUGUCUCCCUUACCAUAAAUAAAUUUUCUUAUGAUGAAAUGAUUCCAGGCGACGAUGACUCAUCAGAUGAACUUACUUCUCCUCAGCAAGACUCGGAAGUUAUUUCUCGUGUGACAACCUCAAGCAAAGAACAAUCAAGCAGUAUUCUAGGAAAGCCCUCCUCAGAGUUUUGUGAAAACUUGGUAAAAAAAUCUUCAGCAAGUGACCUAGUAAAUUCAAGUUCAAGCUUGGAAAAUCCUAGUAGUUCCUCAAGUUCUUCUCAACAGAAAGCAAAAAUAACUGAAAAGUCACUUUCCCACAUCUCCAACAACCAAACCGAAAAGCAUCAAACUAUUGACAAAGAAAAAAUGGAGAUGAUUAUUGAUCAAUAUUUUUGUGGUGCAAUAUUCAAAACACCUGAAUGUUCAAUUUGUGGGAACAAAAGGCCAAAGAUGGGAUGGCAUAAAGACUUCAGUUAUAUGGAGCUUGAAAAAGCAACAGAAUGGUUUUCCAAUGAGAACUUUCUAUCGAAAGGUGGAUUUGGUUCUGUUUAUAGAGGAGUUUUAAAGAAUGGGCAAAGAGUUGCUGUAAAGCAGCACAAUGGUAUGAGCCUUCAAGGAGAUAAAGAAUUCAAGUGUGAAGUUGAGGUUCUUAGCAAGGCUCGGCAUCCAAAUUUGGUAAUGUUGUUAGGGUCUUGCUCUGAAGGAAACCAAAAGUUGCUUGUCUAUGAGUAUGUUUGCAAUGGUUCACUAGACCAAUUCUUGUCAGGAGAUAUAAGAAUGCCUCGCAAUUGGGAGAGGAGGAUGAAAAUAGCUUUGGGUGCUGCCAGAGGAUUAGAAUAUCUUCACAAACAUAACAUCAUCCACAGAGAUAUCAGACCUAAUAACAUCCUCAUCACACAUGAUCAUGAAUCACUGCUAGGAGAUUUUGGACUUGCAAAAGCUGGGUAUGAUGAAUCACAAAAUUCUUCUGGUAACGAUGUGGUUGGCACUCUUGGAUAUAUGGCACCAGAAUAUGCAGCAAAUGGGAAGUUCUCAACUAAAACAGAUGUUUAUGCUUUUGGGGUUGUCCUACUGCAGCUGAUCACUGGGCUGAAGACCACAAAUAAUCAUCCUGAAGAUAAAAGUCUUGUUGAAUGGGCAAUGCCUCUUUUGGAGCAAAGAAAUUAUCCUCGUCUAGUGGACAAGAGGAUUGGGGAUUCCCAUGAUUUCCAUCAGCUAUUUUGGAUGGUUGAAAUAGCAGAAAAAUGUCUCAAAAAGGAUCCUAAUAAGAGGCAUACUAUGGAAUGGGUAGCUAAAACUUUGGGCCAUAUAAUGGAAGGAAGUACUGAUAAUUCUAUAGAUUUCAACCCGAUAGAAUCGNGCCAUAUAAUGGAAGGAAGUAAUGAUAAUUCUAUAGAUUUCAACCCGAUAGAAUCGAGUUCAUAUGUUAAUAUAGGUGACAAUAAUAAUAGUAACUACAGUAAACAAGAGGAUGUCAAAGUCCCUCAAUUUUUCGCUUCCUAUCGCGGUCCUACCACAGUUACGCCAGGACCGCGGCCAACUAGCCUCUCAGAAUCUGCAACAGCCUUCUGCCGUGGUCCGACCGCGGUUACGCCGGGACCGCGGCAGUCCAUCUCCAGUUCUGGUUUUGCUGCCUUCGCGUGGUGCACUUAG